AAAAUUAUCUAGAUAUCAUUGAAUUUUAGAAUUUGACACCUGUGACAUACACCUAGCAUUUACAGUAAAUAGAGAAGAAAACGUUUGGAAAAUGGUCAAUUGGAAUACAUCAGUCGUGGGUUUUCUAACGGUAUUCGUUACUUGUUACAUAAUUUCCCUAUCUACCUACACCUACAUAAGCUCCCUCUCGAACGCCGACAAAACCGAGCAACAGGGCAACAGAUUGAAACGGGACGCCCCAUUGAAAUACACCACCGAUUUGUGGCAGAAAAACAUAACGUUGAACAAAUGCUGCGGCCCCAAUCAAAUAAUAAACUUCCAAAACAAAUGCGAGGGCCACGAUUACAAGACGUUCAAUCAGAACGAGUUCGUGGAGAAGCUCGAAUUUUUCGUCGUCGACGAGAACUUGAAGCACACCUACAUCAACCCGAGUCGAGUGAAUUUCGCAUACAAUUACUACGAACCCACUUUGAUAGACAAUUCCAUCACAGUAAAUUGGGUCCUGAACGAUGAGCAAGUCAAAACGAACUUCCUGUUCCUCCAAAAAGACGCGCGUCUGAUCGAAUUGGACGACAGCAAACAGCGCAUCGAGAAAACCUUCUCUACCAGCUCCUACUGCUUGGACGAAAACAACUUCUACGGAGGCGGCCUGAUCGCCUACGUGAACCCCUGCAUCGAGAACACCUGCUUCAAGAAGUGCUGCCCCAAGAAGUAUUACUACAACACCAUGCAACAGGAGUGCGUCUUCGACAAGCGCUUCAACUACGAGCCCGAGUUCUACUUCACCACCACCAAAACCCUGCGGGACAUCGCCUACUACCUCCUCCACGGCACCCCCAACUGCUCCUUCAUCGAGUCCUUCAGGACCAUUCACCAGGAGCCCAACGACACCAAGGACUCGCCCGAUCCCAUCUACAUCCAAGAAGACGGCUACCUGCUCAUGAUCGAUUCCGCACGGCAAAACUAUUAUUACUACGACAACAAAAGCUACUGCAUCGACUUGUUUUCCAACGGCGUUUCGCCGGCGUACUUGAAUGGGUUUUAUUGCCAGAAAGAGGCGAGUUUCACGCGACCGGCCGACGUGGUGGAGGUGAAGAAGAAUCCCGGUAACGUGAUUUUGAGCGAUCACAAGCUGGCUUUGUACGGGAAGCGGUUCGGGAGAGAGAAGAAACUGAAGCAGUUUAGCGUGGUGGAGGAGCCGACGACGGAGGUGGCGGCGCGCAACGAAACCGCCGGGAAUAAGGAUUGGAAGGUGGUGAAUAAAAUGGAGACGAAGGAAUUGCACCGGAGCGGCGGAGAUGGUGCCCGAUUGGAGCCGGUUUGGCUGGUCGCUGCAGCGUUGUUUGCGGUGUUGUAGAUGGUUUUUGGAAUGUUUUUCGAUGUUUGGUUUUUUGUCUGGAUAAUUUGGAAACUUCGGCUGCAGGAAUUUGACUAACAACGCGAAACUUAAUGGAAAUGUGUGUGAUAGGGGUUUUACUGAUAACGAAACGUGGGGUUAUAUAGAUGUGUAUAGAAAAUUGUCUGCUUUUGGAUAACAAGCUUUACUUUUUAAAACAAAUUACGUUUUGAUUUAGGUAUUUGAAAAAG